CGAGGAGUACCUGAAUGCAGCAAGACACAAUCCCCUCUAGCAGUCUCGUCUUGGCUUAGCUUUGUGUGGCUAAACUGAGUUGUUUUAUAACAAAACCAGCACAUUUAGUGUUAUUUUUUCUAAUUUAAUCACGUUUAUGCCGCAGCACCGUCCACAUCACAAAAUCGAAGAUGACAUCUAAACAGAAAGUAGGAAAGGUCGGCUCAAAGAAUAAGGAGGAUGCUCCUUAUGAGUUGGAGAGCCAGUUCAUCCUGAGGCUUCCUUCGGAGUACGCCUCAACAGUGAGACGGAUUGCCCAGUCAAGCAGUAUGAACAUUAAGGACAGACUCACCAUCGAGUUGCACCCUGACGGUCGUCACGGCAUCGUGAGAGUAGACCGCGUCCCUUUGGCCUGCAAACUGGUGGAUCUGCCCUGUAUGAUCGAGUCUAUGAAAACGGUGGACAAGAAGACAUUUUACAAGACUGCUGAUGUCUCCCAGAUGCUGGUAUGUACACUAGAUGGAGACCUUUACCCUCCUUUAGAGGAGCCAACCGGAACCGACCCCAAGAACAAGAAGAAGGACAAAGACAAGGACAAGAAAUUUGUUUGGAAUCACGGCAUCACCUGCCCUCUGAAGAACACACGCAAGAGAAGAUUUCGGAAAACGGCGAAAAAGAAGUACAUUGAAUCUCCUGAUGUGGAAAAGGAGGUGAAGAGAUUGCUGAGCACAGACGCCGACGCUGUCAGUGUCCGGUAUGAAAUCAUAGCAGAAGACGAGUCCAAGGAAGCUGAUCAGCACGGCUCUCUGGGCAACCUGGACUCCUCGCCCGGCACCUCGGGACACAAGAUGGGUCAUGGGUCCUCUGCCCAGCGUGACGAACUGAGGGAGAUCUUCAACGACAUCAGCAGCUCCAGCGAGGACGAGGAGGACGAAGUGGACCGGCACGAGGACGAGGACCUGAACAUCAUGGACACGGAGGACGAUCUGGUCCGACAGCUCCAAGAGAAGCUCAACGAGUCCGAUUCUGCGCAGCAUGAAAGUGACAGAAACAACCAGAUAGUCAUGGAGUAUCAGGUGCAGAUCAACGGCGUCAAGGCCAAGCUUCAGGAAACCCGUGCCCGAAAGAAACAGCAGGAGGAGCUCAUCAUGAAAGUGGAAAACCAGGCUCUGAAAAACCGCUUCCAAGCUUUGCUGGAUGAGAUUAUUCAGCAGGAGGAGCGGGAGAUGGAGCAGCUGGCCUCCCUGCAGGAGCAGCUGGACUCACUGAUAGAGAAGUGACCACCAGGGGGCAGCCUCAUGUCAUCUUCAGCCACACCUACACACACAUGAAGAGGAGGAGGAGGAGGAGGAGGAGAGCCUUCAUCCAGGGAGGAGGAGGGAGUCUUUAUUAGCCGACUUGCUGUGUCAUUCCUUUCAGUUAGUCAUCUCAAUGCAUGACGCCGUACAUCAUACUGAGAAUUAAAAGUCAAUAUUUUUUAUUAGGUUGAAAUGUUUAUUACUGUAUGAUUUAAGUGUUUGAUUGGCUUCAACUGUGAAUAUUUUUGCUUGUACUCACCUCAACUCACCUUUGUAUUUCACGACCUGUAAAUGACGAAUAAAAUACAGUGAUAAACAAAA